AUGGUUAAAUUCGGGAAAAAUAAACUCAAAACGCUUAAUAAACUAGCAAAAAAGCAAAAUGCCUUACCGAGUAACGCUUCCAACAAAGUUUUAAAGAAAAAACUUAACGUCGAAAAGAAAGUUACAUUUCAGAAGGAAGUGUUGUUAAAAGAAACAGCAAAAAGUGAAACUCUCGUUAAAAAACUAUCUAAAACUGAUAUCGCAUUAAGAAAUCUAUUUAAAAAAUCUGACAAACCAAAGGUAAAAUCAUCUGAGACUGAAGUUAAAAAACCCAAAAUAAAAUCUGUUGAGAAAAAAAAGAAAAGGCAGAAAACUCAAAUAAGUGACACUAAAUUAUUGCUAAAUUUGAUGAAGAAGAAGAGC